AUGCGUCGUCUUCGUGACAUGGCUGCUGUACUUGCCGUAUCACCUGCAUUUGAUGGUGUAAUGGUUUGUUUGGAGUUGUUGCAACCCAUUUUAGAUUAAUCUUCUGGAUGUCGAAGCAAUACUUGGUUAUCGUACAAUAAAGACUGUUGUUUCGUCAGAUAUUACUCAUGCUUUUUGUAUAUUCAAUGUGGGUUUUUUUUCUUCUAGAUUUUUCUGCUGCGUCAUAUGUUGAUAGUUUUGUUUACUGUUGAUACUCAACGACAAACUCCAUCUAGUUUCAAUUCAAACUACCGUUAUCAACAACGAUUCAGUGGGAGAGAAAAACUUAAUGACAUUAUUAUUUUCUACUAUGAUUCUUUCCAACUCUCAUUUGCUUUUCAUUUAGAUAAGAGUCGCUUUAAUGUCAAUAUGUUGGAUACCUUGUCUCACUCGUUGUUUUUGUUAUUCUUUAUUUUGAUCUUACUAAAACGAUUGCUUUUCUCUUUCAGACAAGAGCAUAAACAUAACAAUAAAAGUAUAUUUAAUUUUUAGAGCGAUAGCAUUGGAAAAACAUGUUUUACUGACCGAAGUAAGGUGGAGUUAUUUGACGAACAGUGGCGUAGCCAGAGGUACGGCCAUUGGGCAAUUACCCAUGGAUUUUUUGAAAUGAUACCAAUUGCCUAAUGCUGCAAAAUCUUGAUAUACAUACAUGUACAAAGAUUCAAGUGAUGUCAUCUUAAUACAUUGUAUCUUGUUGUGAGCUAAUCAAGUGUUCCCGAAAAAUCAACCGACUAUUUUUUCCAUUAAACCAAUGCUCACAAUGAUGACAAUUCAAUGGUAUUUUUUUUUCAAAAUACUCGUUAUUCUACUUAAACUCACUACUGGUUCUAUUUGUGCUUAUUUAUGUUUUUUGACAUAAUAUAUUCAAAUAUUUGAAAGUUGAAGAGUACAUUUGUGAAACAGUCCAAAAAAACUGUUAGUGCAAUCUAUGCAGGAUUAAAAUGUGAAAAACGAUGUAGCUGCUGUUACUAAUCACGAGAAUAUGGUUAUAUUCAAUCUAUCUUGGGACUCAUUUUUUAUCAUCGUUUACUUAAUCCUCUAGAACUGCAAGAAGGAAGGAAUUCAUAUAUUCUCAUGAGAUGCUAGUGAUCUAUAAGCACUAAUCGUGUAUCAAAAACG